ACAGCUCCAGAUGCCAAGAAUUGGCAAAUCACUACUUUGGUUUCAAUGGGUGGUCAAAAAGGAUCAUCAAGAGGUGGUGUUGCCCUCCCACGAGUGCAGGAGAACCGAAGUUGUCAUGGCUGAGGAACCUUUGGAUAAGUUGGAGGAAGGGUCAUUAUCAUUCCUUAUGGAAAGGAAGGUAACCCAGAAGCUUGCUAUUCAGAAGGCUAUGACAGAUGCAUUCCAGAAACUGCUGAUUGUGGCUUUAGAAAUUGGUAAAACAGCCGUGGCAUAUAGACUCUGUGAAGACGUCACAGAUGCUAGAACCAAAGAGGAACUACAGGAUUUAAUUCAAGUCAGCUACUUUUCUUGUCAGCCCUGUAGCCAAAGGGAGGAAGAAUGUCUCUCAGACUUCAGCUUCGAGGAGGAAGAGUUCAGAUUGCCAGAACUGGACUAGCACUUUUGAAUUUCCCAGAAUGCCACAUCCUGUGGUUUCCUCGGGAAGCUCUGCAUCCUUCCCAACCCCCCUCCACACCUGGGCUGCUGGAGUUUGGGGCCAC